UACUAGUACUAGUAGUAGGUGUCGGCACUUCACGAUCGAUCGUCCUUCGUCCAUUACUUUGUUUUCGUCUCUUUCAAGACUUUGUCCCUGGUCGCUUACAAUUAUUCUAUAGUGCCAGUGGUCGGCGGUACGCGAGUUGCUGGAAUGGCCGCUGAGGAGAAUGCGGUGUUCACCGCUUUGGGAUUGAACCAGGCUGAAGUGCCCUAUCUGGGUACAUUGGACGUGAAUGAAACAGAGGAUGAGUUGGGUCGAGGCUCAUUUGCUGUGGUGUACAAGUCCAAAUGGUGUGGAUUAAAGGUGGCCGCAAAGGCACUUCAUUCUAUCCUGAUUGAUCGAAGAAACCAAGGACGCGACGUCGUACUGCAUGAUUUUGGAGCAGAGAUUGCACGCAUGGCACGUCUUCGCCACCCGCAUCUGUGUCCCAUUUUCGGCGUGGGCAUGGUCGGAACAACUCCAGCCAUUGUGGUGGAAUUGAUGUCCGACACACUGGAAACAAUGAGCGUUGGUGCACGCAGACAGGACUUGCUUCAGCUGAUGCGCUACAUCGAACACACUGCUGCAGGUCUUCGCUACUUGCACUCCAUCCCGAUGGUACAUCGCGACUUGAAGCCAAGCAAUGUCCUCGUUGCCAAUAGUGUGGCCAAAAUCACGGAUUUCGGCGUCUCCAAGCUACUGCCUAGCGUUGCCGAUCAGUUCCGUGAAGCCGCUCAGUCCAUGACCCGACAGCCUGGCACACCGUUAUUCAUGCCGCCAGAGGCGUUGCAAGAGACGGAAUCUGGCCGAGCAAGGUACGAUCUUUCGCUUGACGUCUUUUCGUUCGGAGUGACGGCAAUGAGCGUGCUGAGCGGUGUGAUGCCCUCCAUUGAGCUCAUGUUCGCAGCAAGAUCGCGCCAGGCAGCUGACGGCAGCCACGUUGCUAUACCUGAACUGGAGCGGCGACGCGCGGAUUUUGCUCGCAUCCCUGACGGCCACCCGCUGAAGGACCUGCUGAGACGCUGUCUUGCUGACCCGCCGGCCCGUCGACCAGAUGCAGAGGAGAUUCACGAAUUCGUCCAGGGUGUUGUUCAGUUCUUUUCCUCAUUGCCGCAGCCUCGUCCUCCCACGGUACAACCAGCUGUUGUACGUCGACUGGACUCUAUCUCCGAACAGCUAACCCAGCAAGCUACAUCCGUCACUGCACUGUCGGCGCGGAGUGAUACGCUAGAAGAACCCGCUACCAACAACCAGACAACAACACCAGAACAAUUGACCGCAACACGGCAACAACUGACUGCAGCGCAGCAACAACAACUAGCUGCAACACACGAGGAAGUGACUCAGCAGGCUGAACCUUCGGUAGCUGCAAGCACAACCAAAUCAGCGGCUGUUGUAUUGAUGGUGGUCAUUGUCCUCGGAGCUCUUUCAUACGUGCUGUGGACAGUUCUAUUGAGUCAGGCCAACGGCACUACAGUUGCAAGCUCAACUCAAUCCGCUGUGGAUGGACGAUGCCAUGUCUUUCCUUUCAUGCACCUACCAAGGCAGAUUUCAAAGAUCAAGCGAAGCAAGAAGGCCAAAGCUACUACAGUUGCAAGCUCAUCUGAAUCCGUCUCGGGUGGGACACCAAGGCCGAUUUCAAAGACCAAGCCAACCGAAAAGGCAUGGCGCCGCACAAAUGUCAGUCUUGCCACUCACAUUUACCCCAGCGCACACAACGUGCCCAUGACUGGCAAUCUAUUUCCCAAGCGAACCCGUCAAACUGGCACGACAUCGGUCAACGACCUGGAGUUUGCAGAUGAUGCAGCACUACUUGCACCAUCCCGUGAGUCAGCUCAACUGGCUUUGGAGCUGUUCAGCAACGUUGCUUCUUCCUUCGGCUUGACUCUGAGUACAGCGAAGACCAAGUUCAUGGCCGUUGGUGCAAAUUUAUCAUGUGCUGACCGCCUUCCGCUCUUUGUUGGUCCGGAGGAGAUCGAAAGUGUCAAAUCCUUUGUGUAUCUUGGCUCUGUGAUAACUGCUGACACCCGCUCAUCUGCAGAUGUGGCCAGAAGACUCGGUAAGGCAGCGGCAGCUUUCGACCUUAUGCGCCGUGUCUUUCUUGACCGAAACCUUUCCAUCGCCACCAAGCGCCAUCUUUACGAUGUUUGCGUUCUGUCCACAUUGCUCUAUGCCUACUGA